GCCAGAUUAGGUCGGACGAUGAGCCGAUCUAAUAACAAGAGGGGAGCUUCUUCCUAAUACCAAAUCCAUCUUCCUAGUUCCUACUACAGCGUUAACCCAUGGCCAUGGAGGUCUCAUACAGCUUUUCACUUCUUCCCCGAGACAUUUUUUUCCAGAUUGUGGUUCGACUUGGCGCUAAAUCUCGUGGGAAGCUAAGCUGCGUUUCUAAAUCUUUCCGUUCCAUAUUGACCGAUCCAAGUUUCGCCGAGUUUCAACGAAAUUUGUCUGCGGCUCUUAACCACGGCACAACCAUUCUCUUCUCUAUUCGGUCUAUGACGGGUUAUCACGAUUCAACCGGGCCCCUCAUGUUCAAUUCCGUGCCAGAGCAGUUUUACACCAUAAAUUAUGAAGAAAAUCAGGCCGGAGAGCUCCUUCAAGCAAAAAUUGUUAGGGAUACGGACAAAGGAUGGUUCCAAUAUGGCAGAUCUAUGUCUUUUGCCAAAGAUCAAAUAUGUUUCUUUUAUAAGCAUUCCGAAUUGAUUGUUUUUAACCUUAUCACAGGGAAACAUACUACUCUCCCCACAACUCCGUCCAGCAGGGGGCGUUCUUGUGCGCUGUUGGGUUACGACGACGUUUCGGGAACAUACAAGGUUUUGAAAGCGGACCCUAGCUCUAACUUGAGGACAGUGAAGUACUGGGUGCUCACACUGGGCGUGGACGAAACAUGGCGGGAGAUUGAGAGCCCUGUAUUGUUUUACCUUAGCAGACGUUUCACGAAUAGUGUUUGCAUUAAAGGCGUGGUCUAUUUCUACAAUGCGCUGCAUUGUCGUUGGGGCAAGUACGAGCAUCCGUUUGACGGAUGCUACGAGCUGGUGGCGUUCGAUGUUAGGUCCGAGAGUUUCCACCGGAUAACGCUUCCUGCAAGAACACACAAAUAUUUCGAAAAAGCCUCGUGGGUAGAAUUGGACGGGCAGUUUGCUUUCAUGUAUGUCAACCAGAACAAGCAGGUUAUUGCUUGGAGCAUGGAGACAUCUUGCUGGAGGAAGUAUGCUUUCCCCAUCCCAUUAGAGGAAGGGACUCCGGAGGCAGACAGUUUAUCAUUUUCCAAGACUUUUAUUACUGCUACUUCAACUGGGGAAAUAGCAUUGCUAAUGCUGCAAGGAACACUUUCUCUUUGGGUUUUGUCUGAUAAGUUCAGGGCACACCGAGUUUGGAAGGAAUUUCGAAUUAGGGGGCUUGCUGACUUAACUACUGAUAUUCUCGAAACAUCCGAAGUUGUCGUUGCUCAAAACAUUGGUGGGAAUCUGUUGCACUUGGAAUAAUCUUGCUGGCAAAACAUCCGAAGUUGUCUGCUCUUCCUCUUCACCUUACCAUUGUCUCAGUCUCUCGUUUACUUCCUUAGUUCCUUCUACUUAGCUAUUUAAUUAGAUAAUUAGAUAGGAUGUUCAUUGUCUAAAAGUUAUAGUCCACCCUACCCAAAUGCUUAGGGAUUUUAUUGGGAUUAAUUACAAAUUGGUUGGUUUCUUUUGUUAGUUUUACUAUAUUAUUAGGUCGGGGCAUUGUCACUCUGUAUUAGUCUGCGAUGCUAAAACCCUUUAAAUUCUUUUACUCAUCUUGAGUCAUACAACUAAACAAGGAAUUAUUUGCAUAUUUUUUCUUUAAU